UUGAGCUCCGAAAUUGAAAUCAAUAAGUGCAAUGUGCAAUGUUGUGUGUACAUCACGGACGGUGGGAAAUGGCGAUUAUGUCAAAACAUCGUGCUAAAACCGAUCGCGUUUGACUCGGAAUCGGCGACGCGAGUGUCCAAUCGGCGAGAUGGCUCGCAGCAGCAAGAAGAAACUCGCGAUAUUCGUGGGUACAUCGAAGUGUCUCGUUUACGCAGAAGCAAAGUACUGUGCCUCUGAUAUGCCUGGAGAAAUAAAAUACUACGAAUGUUCAAGAACGGAGUAUUGUUGUGCUUUCGGUUGUUGUGUGUCACCCGGAUUUCAUUUCCAUCACUUGUGGUACUAUUGGAUCCUGGUUAUAAUCAUGUUCUUGGUUUGUUCUGGUGGUGGUUGGUGGUACCGAUACUGGUUGCAGGGCAGAUACAGAGCAGCAGCUUCAGCUAUUCCAACUCGAUCUUCUAACAGUAGAUCGCAAAAUUCUCUUCGUAACGCACCUUGCCAGGCGCAGCAAGCUCGUAUUACAUACAAUUCCGCGAGAAAUACCGUCCUAUUGCAUCGCAUGUGGAAAGGUCCUCAGAGAAGUACAGCGGCGCCAGCGUAUAACGGUAACGCGACCACAUCGACACACUAUCAGAACAUGAAUGUCGUAUUAAACGAUGCCAAUUGCCCUUAUUAUCAGUUGUAUGGCCCACCGCCGAGUUACGAAACAGUGAUAGCGCAAACGCGUGGCAAAAUGUCAAAUCCGGCAUCACCGGAGUCCUCCUCGGCCGCGCGGCUGAAUCUGCAGACGGCGAACGUGAUACCAAAUCCAAGUGUACCGCAGUGUUUUUUCUACAGCUGCAAUUCUCCGGCGAGACUGGUGGAUGGUAAUUCGAGUCAAUGUCAAAGUGAUAGCGCGAACGCUCAUCAGCUCGACAGCCACGAGAGUGUUCCGUUCGCGCAUUUCUCCCAAUAUUGCACGACGAACGGCGCGGUCGGUCAAAACAUGUGUAUUCCUUUGGAAUAUCCAGAAGACCCGAUGGCGUCCGGUGGAAGUAAUUUCAGUUGUAGCUACCAGAAUAGUCCGCAUCGGUUGCCGGGAUAUCCAACGGAUAGACCGUCCAAUGUGCUGCCGGAUGUAGAAAACGUGGCUCGCGGCUACGAGAUUCCGAGUUCGGAGGAACAUGCGAUGCUCAAUAUUGACGCAGCGACCGACAACUACGGGGAACGUAGUCCUUGGCAUGGAAAUGAUCAGUCUGUACGGGUCCACGGUAAAAUUACCGUGCAGGAUGAAAAUCGAGUGUCUCAGAAAAGAUGCGUCACGAUCACCGAUACGAACACUCUCUCGCCUAAGUCGGAGGAAAACGGAAGCGAGAACGAAUUGAAGCGCGCGUUCAACGUGGUCUCUGUGACGCAGAGAAACUUCCUGAGAGGACGUACGAAUCACGGCGGUUCCUUGCGACUACCGCGCAGACACACUAGUGUUAUUUACCAAGACGACGGCUUCCAAAACGUUCUCCCCAGAGAUACGUCGAGCGCUUCCCAACGGAGCACUUUCAAUUACGCUCAGACAUCCGCGGCAUCCGAGGGCGCGAGUUCUCUGGAACGAGAUGCGUAUUCUUCUCAAUCAAAUCCAUCCAAUAAUGUGAUAUUAGAAUCCUUUAUUUUUGAAAAUGUGCAAUUGCCUCCGAGUGAAAAUGUCGAGGCGGCCCGCGGUCUUCGUGCGAUGAAUCGGAGUAUAAACUUUGAUCUUGAAAGUAAACACAAAUUAGACAGAUCAAAGUCGUUAGACUGAACGUAAAUUGAAAUUCAUUGCGCGUAUUACGCGAUAUUUAUUCUUGUAUGUCUCUAUUAUUCGCGCAUAACUUAAAUAGCAAUAUAAACUUAAUCCUUCGUUAUCGAGAUACACAGAUCUUUAACGGAGUUUCGACCGUCGCGAUGAAAUAACGAUUCUAUUUUAUCAGAAAUAAUGCGGUAUUAUUUUCAUUAACAGGUAUGUAUGGGAUAAUUUACCAUAGCGAUGAAUAUAUUUCUCGCAUUUACUAAUUCCAUAAUGUUUCAUAGUACUUCAUCAUUUCUUUAAUUUGUCGAAUUUGAAUCGAUUGAAUCUCGUGAAAGAUGUGUAAAUAUAUAUCAUUCAUUAUUAUUUCACGCAGUGUUAUUAGCAAACUUAAUAUUAAUCGUUAGACUUAAUUCGCACUUCCGCAAUAUUUUUUGCAAGUAAUACCGCAAUUCUGAAGCUGAACUAUUUUGAUUAUCUAUUUGAGAUGCUAAAUAUUAUCUCUGAGUGUGAUCGGCGAUAGUUCCAUUUACAUAUGUCGGCGAAACGUCUUAUUUAUGAUAUAUCUAUCGACAUAUACUGCCAUGGAAAAAUCUUUCUGACAAGUAUCACAUUGUCGUGUAUCAGAUACUAAUUUUUUUUAUUUUUCUGCACUAUACUUAACGUAACGUAAGAUUAAGACACAGUGAAAAUGGUGUUUCAAAAGCGCGGCCCAAUUUAAUCCACCUACGCACAAAGAAAAAUAUCAAUCAUUACUCUAUAUAAUGAUAAGUAAAUUGCACAUUUUUUUAAAUUAUCAAAAUUGGAUUUAAUUAUCGUAAUUAAUACAAUUAAUUACGUAAGACCAUGUGGAAGUGAUUAGGAUUUUUAAUAAAAUUCGUAAGAAAUAAGAUUUAUUUCAAAAUAUCAUAAAUAAAUUUUGACAUAUUUUUUCUAAUAAUGAUGUCAAUGUAUUGAACUUGACAAUGUCGAAGUAGCGCUCUUCGUGCAAUAUAUUUUCGUCAAGCCAGUCUUCUCUAUAUAUUUAAGCUUCUAUUAUAUAAAUAUAUAUAUGCACAUUAAUAUUACCUCUGUAUUAAAGAAUGCGCAAAUUAUUACGCAUUGCACAUAUACUUGACAUUAAGGUACAAUUAUCCAAAAAAGAUUCUAAUUUGUUACAAAAAGAGAUUCGAAUUUACGAUUGAAGCAGCAAUACUCUUGUAAUAAAAAUGCGGCCACGGGUAAAAAAAAGAGUAAGAAAUUAACAAAGCGAAGAUCGUUCAAUUGAAUAUUAAAAAAAUAUGAACGUAAGGGACGUACAUACGAUAAAUUUAUUAUGCAAAUAAAUUUGCUUCAACAAUCGCAUUCGCGCAAAUGUAACACGUUAAUUUUCUUGUACAAUACCACAGAUUUAAUAUUAUAUAUUAUUUAUAUAUUGUGUAAGAAGAAAGACUGCGUCCACAUGCUGUGACAUGAACAAUCUUGAUUUACUCUUAUUAAUGUGGGAACAUUAAUUGCAAUCCUCGCGAAUCAUAUCUUUUAGAUAAAGUGCAUUAAAAGAAAGCAAUUCAAUUUAUAUACGCGUUAUACUUCUCGUCACCAUUUUUUUUUAAAUAAGUAUAUAAUAACACACACAUGCGACGUGUAUUGAAUUUUAAGAUCUGGUGGUAUAUAUCACGUCGCAACGUCAUCCUUCGACUUAGGUUCUUGAGCAUAAUAGCGGUCCAAGAAAACGCAAUAUGUGCCAAUAGCGACAAGUCCGUUAGAUAAGCAAGUAAUUGGAUAAGCGAGAUGCAGUCUCGCAGCCAAGGAGGUCUUACCUUAAAAUGCAAAGCAAAAUAAAAGAGAUAUAUAUGUACACACUUAUUUUUUGUAAUCGAUUCUAACUGAUAAAUGGGCUAUUUUAACGAGAGUCCGCGUGAUUAAUAAUAUAAUAAUAAGCUUGUACCAUAUAUAUAUUGUACAUCGUAUAUAAUAUAUACCGCCACAAGUCUGUAGUAAUUUCUAGUCAGAAAAGUCACUAUAUUUUGUGUGCGUGCGUUAUGUCGUAUUUCCCCAUUUGUGUUUAAAAAAUGUGACCCCCACCAUGUAUUUCAAAAACCUGCUUCAAUUUUCAGAAAAAUAAAAUAUAUCAAGAAACCGUGA